GGGCGGGCGUGCGUCUGUCUGCCUGCCCGCCCUGCCCCGCGCCUCACUCUCCCCGCGCCACACCCUCGCACGCCACCAUGUCGCGGAAAUCCGGCUCCCGCUCCUCGUCCCGCCGCUCCAAGAAGUCUGGGGGAGGAAGCAAUGUGUUUGACAUGUUCACGCAGCGGCAGGUGGCGGAGUUCAAGGAGGGUUUCCAGCUGAUGGACCGCGACAAGGACGGCGUUAUCGGAAAGAACGACCUGCGCGGCACCUUCGACGAGAUCGGCCGCAUCUGUAAUGAUCAAGAGUUGGACGAGAUGCUGGCUGACGCUCCCGGCCCCAUCAACUUCACCAUGCUGCUUAACAUGUUCGCCGAGCGCUCCACGGGUGAGGCUGACGACGAUGACGUGGUGGCCAAGGCGUUCCUGGCCUUCAGUGACGAGGAGGGCAACAUUGACUGCGACGUGUUCCGCCACGCCCUUAUGACCUGGGGCGACGUGUUCUCGGCUCAGGAGGCUGACGACGCCCUUGACCAGAUGGAUGUGGACGAGGAAGGGAAGAUCGACGUUCACAGCAUCAUCCAGAUGUUGACGGCUGGAACCAGUGACGACGCCCCGGCAGAGGAGGAGGCGGCAGCCUAAGCCCCCCUACCCACCCCACCCACCCUCCCACCCUUCACCCCCUUCUUCCUCCCCUUCCACUGUUACCCUCUCCCCCACCCCCAGCGUCGUGGAGGCUAAAAAAAAGACACUGUUUUCACUGUUUUUAUCACUGCCACUGGUGUUGCCUGGGGGCCUCAACCACCACCACCACCGCCACCACCACCACUACCACCACCACCACCACCGCCACCACCACCAGGAUGUGUUACGAAUGUGGAAGUACUUGAAAUAAAGUGAAUUUUGGAGCAAA